GCUACUCGGCUUACUACGGGGCCAGGCGGCUGCAGAAAAGCCCAGGGUCAAGUAUCUAAGGACAGGGCUUGGAGAGCAAAAAUUAGCUAGAGACUGAAGUAGGAAGCAGAUCCCAGGGGACAAAGAUGGACCGCCCAGUGGGAUCCAUCCACGCAUCCCCGAUGUGUACCAACCAGCGCUGGGCCGGUGGUGCGAACAAACUUUCCUGCAACAGAGAGGCGGAGGAGCUGGGCUGGACAGUCUCCCCACAGAGCCUCUGCCGCUCUCCACCUGCAGGCUCAGCCUCCGCCUAGCCUCCCCACCUCGGUUUCCUCCCCCUCCCGCGCACUUCUCUCUUCGCUUAGACUCCUCAUUUCUCGCCUCUCCCCUCCUCCUUCUCCCUCUUGCAUUUCUCCCCCACUUUUCUCCGAUCUCUUCUCUUCUUUUGUAUUCUCUCCUCCCUUGCCGCCCCGGCUACCUCUAGCCUCCUCCGGGUCGCGGGGGAGGAGGUGAGCGCCCUGCUGCUCCCAGGGCCUGCGCGGCGCAGAGGGAGGCGUUUCUCCUACUUCUCCCGGGUAAUUUGUAGAGAUUCUAUGUGAGUGCGCGCGCCUGAGCUUGGGGGGAAAGGGGGUAGGACCUAGCGUUUAGCAGAGGGUCAGGGUCUUUGACGUUCCUCGCCAGCUGCACAAACCUCUCGGAGCAAGUGUGAGUGUGGCUAGAGAGUGCGCGCGCGCGCACACGGGCUGGCGGCACUUGGCGCACUUGGUGGCCCGGGGCCCCGGGGCCCGGGGUCCCGUCUGGCAUCCCGAGAUUACCGUGACGUCACAUUGAGCCUCUGGCCACCUUGGAGCAGGACACCUCGGGAGCCUCGCAGCCCCGCGCCACGCCGCGCCUCGCCACCGCGCGCCUCCCGGAACCCGCGCAUUCUUCCUUCCCCUUCCCAUCCAUGGGCCCUUCUGUCUUCUGGACCCCACGGGCCGGAGGGGCGCCUUCCGGAGCGCAGGGCUCGGCAGCUGGGCUGCCUUCGGCUCUGCCUCCCGUUGCACCAAACGUGCAGAGCAACCAGCGGCGGGCUCCAGCGGCGGUGUAAGGAGCAAGACGCCGCUUGGCUAGGGGCGCCCAGCAGCGGGGCUAAGAAGGGAACUCAUAAGGGAAGAGGGAGACAGGCCAAGAACAGCCACUAUGUCCUUCUCGCACUUCGGACACCCCUACGGCGGCGCUUCCCAGUUUCUGGUGUCUGCAAGUUCCAGCACCACUUGCUGCGAAUCUGCCCCACUUUCAGUCUCAGGUGUGGCCUCAGGCUCCACCCCAGCAUCCACUGUUUGCUGUGCACCCUAUGACGGUCGACUACUGGGCAGUUCAAGGCCUGAGCUGGGAGCAGCCUUGGGCAUCUACGGAGCCCCAUACGCCCAGAGCUACCCUGGAUAUCUGCCCUAUGGCCCAGAGCCAACGGCACUGUAUGGGGCCCUGAAUCCACAGUAUGAAUUUAAGGAAGCUGCAGGGAGUUUGACACCCAGCCUGGCACAACCAGGAGCCUAUUAUCCCUAUGAACCAACUCUGGGGCAGUACCACUAUGACCGGUAUGGUGGGGUGGAAUUGAGCAGUGCAGGACGAAGGAAGAACGCCACCCGGGAGACCACCAGCACGCUCAAGGCCUGGCUCAAUGAGCACCGCAAGAACCCCUACCCCACCAAGGGCGAGAAGAUCAUGCUGGCCAUCAUCACCAAGAUGACCCUCACCCAGGUGUCCACCUGGUUCGCCAACGCGCGCCGGCGCCUCAAGAAGGAGAACAAGAUGACGUGGGCACCCAAGAACAAAGUGGGGGAGGAGAGGAAGGUGGAGGAGUCACUGGGCUUCCUAAACAGUGACACCAAAGACACUACUGCUAAUCAGGAAGCCCAGGGGCUCAGACUGAGUGACCUGGAAGACCUGGAGGAAGAGGAAGAAGAGGAGGAAGCUGAAGAAGAGGAGGCGGCGGCCACAGCUGCAGACAGGCUAGCGGAGUUCCAUAAGGGCGCGCAGUCUCUGCCCCCGCGGUGCAACGCAGCUCGAGAGGGCCGGUUGGAGAGAGGGGUGUGCAGCCUCACGGCGCCCCGCUUCUCCUUGAAUGAGCCCCCGGGGUCAGGAGAAGCUGACUUCAUGGUGACAGAGCCCGGGGGCCGCAGGAUCAUGCACUACCCAUUCCGAGAGAAGCCGCGGAUCUGGUCUUUGGCACACACCGUGGCACCCAGUGCUGUGGAAGGCGCUCCCUCAGCCCGGCCCAGGCCUCGCAGUCCUGAGUGCCAUAUGAUUUCCGGACAGCCUCCAGGCUCCACCAGGCGACCUCUGGUCCCCAGAGACUCAGCUUGCGAAGAAGAAGCUUCCUGUGAAGCCAAAAUCUUUGGAACCUCCAUCUUCGCCCUGCAGGGGCUGCCGCCAAACUGUACGCAGUGCCCAAGGCGGAGGGAGCCUUCAGUGCAGUGCCCAUACCCGUCCGGAGCAGAAGGUAGUGGGCCCCCAAGGGCCCUGGGGCGCUAGUGUGUGUCCAAAAGAUGCCCAUCCAUCACCUGCCCAGCUGAGACACAGCCUAUGCCUCUGCACAAGCCCAGGUUCAGACCUGGUAUCGCAUAGCAUUCCUCUAAGUGAUGCUUAGAGAUCAAAGUUCUAGUCCUCCCUCAUUAUAAGCCAAGUAAUAGUAACAAACUCAGACGGAGGCAAUUUACCUGGAAUCAUAUAGCAAGUCUUUGAAAAUAUGGACAAUCUACAUCUGUGCCUUCGUGGUCCAGAGUUCUGCAAGGUGCACCAAGUGUGUCUCACCAUGCCCCUCUAGCACAAUUGCCCUCGUCCUCUGUCUGCCCUUUGGAGAACACUAGCUGUGUUGGCACCAAGCUUUUCCUAGGGUUGGUCAGGCACCUGGGAUUUUGCAGACAUCUGAGGGGGUGAGCCAGACACAUGCUAUGGGUUGGAGUUCAGUGCCCAAGUCCAGCCUGGAGCCUUCUCCAUGGCCCACUAACCCCCCUGGAAAUGUAGACUGCUCCAGCAUUCAGCGCCUUGGAAGCAGAGCUUUGUGUUGCCCCUGGAGAGUGCUGCUCCCAAGAGCUCAUCCUCAUGCAGGAAGGGCAUCUCCUGACUGCACUAGGUUCUGGUGCUGUGCUGAGGGCCUGGAGGAAGGGAAUCUCACUUCACAAAGGGACAUUCCCCAAGCAUUAAACAGCCUCCAGCAAUUACUGUCAGAAUCUGCCCUUUGUAGUAAUUUCUCUCAGGAUUAGCUACUGACUUAGAAAAUUGGGUUACAUUGUUAUUUGAGUUUACACAGAGGCAUCCAAGGAUACCUCUAGCAAACAAAUUGCCUCUAGGCCUUCACUUCCCCCCAGAUGAGACCCUGCUGACCUCCGACUUCCUAGGAACCACCACCAAGUGGCCUUUGGGUU